AUGGGACUGGAACCGGACCAACUUUUUUCAUGCAGUUUGGACCAGAAGGUUUUGACCCUGCAAGGCUUUACCCGCCCUCUUCUUCCUUUCCCAGCAACCACGCAGAUGAAAGUAGCCUUUCUAGGACCAGAAGGCACAUAUACGCAUCAAGUACGUUCAGCAGCCGAGCCCUCAACCGUAACUAGCCCAAUAUUUCACGAAAAGGGAUAAAUUUGACUAACCUUUUCCAAAUCUUGCAGGCGGUACUACAGCAAUUUCAUCCCAAUGUUGAAAUUUCACCCAAGAAAUCUAUAGGAGAAUGCUUCGAAGCCAUAGAUUCACAGACAGUCGACUAUGCCGUGGUACCAUUUGAGAACUCGACAAACGGCCAAGUGGUCUUUACAUACGACUUAUUGCGAGAUUGGUUUCUUGAUCCGCAAAAAUCUUGCAAUUUCCGCAUCGUGGGAGAACAGUUUGUGUCGAUUCAUCAUAAUUUACUUAGCCACGGCAGCAACAUCGAAGCAAUUGAAACGAUAUAUUCACAUCCACAAGUAUGGACGCAGGUUUCUAAAUUCUUAAAACUGCUCAGUUCUAAAUGUACUCGCCUUGAUACCGCGUCUACUUCACAGGCUGCCGAGUUGGCUAGUCGGGACAAACUGGGGAAAAUUGCAGCUAUUUCUUCCAUGAUGAGCGCCAGAUUGUACCAGGUGCCUAUUUUGCGAGAAGGAGUAGAGGAUAACGUCGACAAUACCACGAGGUUCCUCGUGCUUGGCUACGACACCCCGCCUAGAUACGAUAGACGAAAAGAAGGAGAGGAAGAGAACAGAGAGCGAGUUACCUCGUUGAUGUUCACUUUACCUAAUGACAACCCGGGAGCUUUAUGCGAUGUUUUGGUCAAGUUCAAAAAGCAUGGGAUAAAUCUCACUUCAAUAAACUCCAGACCUGCUAAUUUGGAAAACUGGCAAUACGUUUUCUUUGUUGAGACAUCGGGGAUCGACAACGGUGAAGCUCUUCACGACAUUCAACAAUCUUGCCUAACUUUUAUAGACCUUGGAACAUUUGACAGGAACUGGCGAUAUAAUAGCAAAAAAUAUUGA